AUGGCUCCUCCUUCCAAAGGCGAGGACACGGUCAGUGUCAUCGAGUCGCUCGAGACCAAGUCGUCCAUGUCGGGAAGUGACGUCUCGACCAAGUCUCCUCCGAAACCUCUCCCCAUCCUCUUGAUUAUCGUCAUGUUCCUCCUCAUCGUCGCCUCCGGGGGAGGUCUGUGUCUGUCUGCUCUUCAGUUCCGGCCGUCCAAAACGGGUGAGCGAGACUGUCUGAGUCAAAGCUUCAUAUUGUUCGCUUCCAUGAUCUCCCCCGCGUAUGUGGUGCUGCACGUCAUCGUCUCAUUCCGGAACUACCAAGUGGUGAGGAGACAGUCACUGCAGUCACCCCUGGUAUCCGGGGCCGUCAUCGUCGCUCGGAUUGGACUCCUCCUCUGGAUCCCGGCCACGAUACUCUCCUCGAUAGCAAUGUCACGGUACCCCGGCUUCGUGACCCAAAGCCCGAUCACUGAGCUGAACCUGGCCGUCUCCGCUGUCGGGAUCACGGCCAACACUAUCAUCAUCCUGGCCCUCGAGAUCGCAUCCCACCCCUUCGAGCUACCCUGCUUCCACCGCCGGAACACGAUAACAUGCCUCGUCAGCGCCUUCGAGAAGGACCUCAAGGAGGAAGAGGAGGCCAAGCCCCCGAGCCGCCCAAAUAGCCGCCCGCCGACGCCCCCGGCCUACUACUACUUCCCGGCCAACCACCGGCACACCAUCCCUGCGCCGGCGCGUGCCAAACUCGUCCGCAAGGCCAGCUACCCCCGCCGCCACGAGCAAAUCCCGCCCGUACCGCCCAUCCCGUACCCGCACCCAGACUCCCUCGGCAUCAUGCUCCCCAUCCCCGAGCCGCUGCCCCCGUUGCCGGAGCUCGCGACGACGCCGACGCCGGCCAUCAAGGUGACCCCCGCCACGGCGCCCGCCUGUCUGUGCCCGGGAAACGGGAGGCUUGCGCCGCCGCCCCCACUGAACAAGGAUAAGCCGUGUCCGCCGCCGCCCGGGACGGCGUGGGCCAAGGACUGGGAGCAGCUCGCCGUGGACGCCGGCGUGAGACGGAACGGCUCGCUGAGCGACUACGGGUCGACGGUCGGAACGGAUACGCUCGACAGCAGGUUUGAGGUGCCCCACGUCGCGUUGAGGCCGCCUCUGCCUUCCAUCAUUGUCACGCAUAGUCCGGAGCCGGUGUGA